AUGCAUAUACGUUUUCUCGCUUCACCCAUUAAUCCAGCUGACAUUAAUCAAAUCGAAGGCGUUUACCCAUUAAGACCUACAUUCACAAAAGAAUUAGGGGUUUUACCUGAUGGGGAACAUAAAGAAUUGGCCGUUGGUGGAAAUGAGGGUGUAGCAGAAGUGAUUGCUGUUGGAGAUCAGAUUGAAGAUUUAAAAGUUGGUGAUUGGGUUGUAAUGGGAAGAUCUGGAUUCGGUACUUGGCGUACACAUGCCGCAGCAACUCCAAAUGAUGUGACACGUAUCGAUAAGGGAAUUGGAUCACUUCAGGCUGCAACUUUGACAGUAAACGCUUGUACUGCAUUUCGCAUGCUAAAAGACUUUGCUACAUUAAAAGAAGGGGAUUUUGUGAUUCAGAAUGGGGCUAAUAGCGGUGUUGGACAAGCCGUGAUUCAAAUCGCCCAUGCAUGGAACAUAAAAACCAUAAACAUUGUUCGAAAUAGACCAGAAAUUGAGGAUUUAAAAGCGCGUCUAAAAUCGCUUGGCGCGACAUAUAUAGUUACCGAUGAGGAAUUAGGAUGUUAUAAAACUAAAGACUUGAUAAAGGAAUGGACGAACAUUAACGACAAUAAUGUAGGGAUUAAAUUAGGCCUUAACUGUGUUGGUGGAAAAAUAUCAACAGAAAUGGCAAAAUAUCUAUGUCGUUCCGGAUAUCAUGUAACAUAUGGAGCCAUGUCAAGACAACCAAUUACAAUUCCAGCAUCACUUUUAAUAUUUAAAGAUAUAAAAUUUCUUGGAUAUUGGAUGUCAAGAUGGUACCAAUAUCAUUCAAAGGAAGAAAGAAGUGAAAUGAUGAAUGAAAUUAUUGGAUUAAUUAGACAAGGAAAGUUGGGUGAUGUUGCGCAUGACGAGGUUACUUGGGGAAGUUCAAAUGAAAAUGACGAAUCUUUGAAAAUUAAACUUUUGGAUGCUUUAGAUAAAUCUUAUACAGGAUUUCAUGGCAAAAAGCAGAUCUUACAAUUUCAGCUUUAA